AUGAAUUCUGACUCAAGCUCUAUCUCCAGCAGAGCUUCCUCUCCGGACAUGGAUGAGAUGUACCUGAGAGACCAUCAUCACCAUCACCACCAUCACCACCAGGAUAGCCGCCUCAACUCGGUCUCCUCCACCCAGGGGGACCUGGUGCAGAAGAUGUCUGGGGAAGGCCUCUCCCGCAGCGGAUCUAAAGCCGGAGGCGAGAGCAGCAAAUACAAAAUCAAAAAGCAGCUCUCAGAGCAGGACCUGCAGCAGCUCCGACUGAAGAUCAACGGAAGGGAGCGCAAGAGGAUGCAUGACCUAAACCUUGCUAUGGACGGACUUCGAGAGGUCAUGCCCUACGCUCACGGGCCCUCCGUCAGAAAGCUUUCCAAAAUCGCCACACUCCUGCUGGCCAGAAACUACAUCCUGAUGCUCACCAGCUCCCUGGAGGAGAUGAAGAGGUUGGUGGGCGAGAUCUAUGGGGGGCAUCACUCCGCUUUCCACUGCGGGACUGUGGGGCACUCUGCGGGGCACCCAACCCACGCGGCCAAUGCUGUGCACCAGGUGCACCCCAUUCUAGGUAGCGCUCUCUCUUCCACCAACACCUCUUCACCACUCUCAGCGUCCCUCCCCGGGAUUGGUACCAUCCGGCCGCCCCACUCUCUGCUCAAAGCCCCCUCCACACCUCCGGCCCUGCAGUUGGGCAGCGGCUUCCAGCACUGGGCCGGACUGCCGUGCCCCUGCACUAUAUGUCAGAUGCCCCCGCCGCCUCACCUGUCCGCCCUCACCACGGCCAACAUGGCCCGCCUGUCCGCGGAAUCCAAGGACUUGCUCAAGUGA